UUUGCAUUGCACCUAUUAUGAUUAUUAUUAUUAUUAUUUAUUUUUCUCUCUCCGCUGUCUGUCUCUCAACCUAAAAAUCGCUGUCUUUCGGUCUGCAUACCUAUCAUCAGCACCAUCCCCUCUUUCUGAAAACUCUGUCACCAUGAGAGUGAGAGCCAAACUCCUGUUUUCGCCACCACCACCCUCCUAAUUAAAUCGCUGCAUCACAAACAAACACACAUACACAAAGUAGUGAAAGAAAAGAGAAAGAGAAGAGUGAGUCUUCAAUUUUCAUUAGUGAGCGACCCUCCAAAAACCUUGCAUGAAUGAAUGAUAACAUCAUCUUCACUACUACUACCAAAAGUCCACAAGAAUAACUCCCUCUUCUUCUUCCUUUCCUUCUACCAUGGCUUUCCCUCCUUCUCACACUUUCAUGUUCCAAACCCAUGAAGAUCAUGACCCCCACCAGCUCCAUCUGCGUUCAACUUCAACAUCCCUCAACGCCUUCCCCUCUUUCCCACCUCAUCACUUUCAAGGGGGUGGGGCAGGUGCAGGAGGUUUUAUGAUGAAGCGUUCAAUGUCGUUUUCCAGCAUAGAGAAGAACAACCACAAGAACAAGUGCGAUGAGGUGCACGGUGACGACGAGUUAUCGGACGAGGGAUCUCAGCUCCUAGGGGAGAAGAAGAAGAGGCUGAGUCAGGAGCAGGUGAAGGGUCUCGAGAAGAGCUUCGAGCUCGGGAACAAGCUCGAGCCCGAGAGGAAAAUGCAGCUGGCCAAGGCCCUGGGACUUCAGCCAAGGCAGAUCUCCAUAUGGUUCCAGAACAGAAGAGCUAGGUGGAAGACCAAGCAGCUUGAGAAGGAGUAUGAAGUUCUCAAGAAACUGUUUGAAGCUGUUAAGGCUGAUAAUGACUCCCUCAAGGCUCAGAACCAGAAACUACAUGCAGAGUUACAAACUCUAAAAAGUAGGGACUGCAGUGAAACCGGAACAGUAAUUAGCCUCAAGAAAGAAACUGAGGGUUCUUGGAGCAAUGGCAGCAACAACAGUUCAGAAAUCAAUUUGGAUCUCUCAAGAACACCAGUGAUGAAUAGUCCUGUGUCUUCUUCUCUGAAUGGAAAAACCCUUUUACCAACUUCCCUUAAGCCCACAAGCAUAACUCAACUCCUCCAAUGCUCAUCAAGAUCAGAUCUCCAAGAUGAGAGCUUCUGCAACAUGUUCCACAACAUUGAUGAGCAGCAGAAUUUUUGGCCCUGGCCUGAUCAUCAGCAACACCAGUUUCAUUAAUCAAUAAAAAAAAACCCAAAAUUGUUGAUUUUGGACACUAUAAAAUGAUUUGAGGUUGAAGAAAAGUUAUGAAAAGUAAUUAAAAAGUUCAUUGAUUAGGCUUAUAGCUCAACCUUCUCUUUUUUCUUCUUUUUUUCCCUACCAGUUUUUCCAAAUUUAUGUUUAUGAUGUAGAUUGAUGUAUAAAAAGUUUGAACACAUUUACUUAAGUCAUGAUCAUCAGGAGUUGGUGGACUUUGA